AAGCACUGGUUGCGGGGAUUAGCUCAAUGCCAGAGCAUUCCUCCCCGGGAAAAACAAGCAAGCACUCAGGAGUGAGAGGACGUCUGUAUGGAUAUAUAGCCAGCACACUGUAACUGGGCUCAAUCACACACAGCGCCUUCUGAUCCACCUCUAAUUCUUGAGUUUGUUUUAUUUUUAGCACAUCGAGUCACGUACUCUGGCUAUCGCCCGCAACCUGACCCAACAGCUCCAGACUACGUGCCAGACCAUCCUGGUCAACGCCCAAGGGUUACCACAGAACAUUCAAGAUCAGGCCAAACACUUGGGGGUGAUGGCAGGCGACAUCUACUCCGUGUUCCGCAAUGCUGCCUCCUUUAAGGAAGUGUCCGAUGGCGUCCUCACAUCUAGCAAGGGGCAGCUGCAGAAAAUGAAGGAAUCCUUAGAUGAAGUUAUGGAUUACUUUGUUAACAACACGCCUCUCAACUGGCUGGUAGGUCCCUUUUAUCCUCAGUCUACCGAGGUGGUCAAGGCCAGCCUGAAGGCCCAGCAGUCUGAGGUCAAAGCUCAGUAAACCUGUCCUUGUCACCAGUGCAUGGUGUUGNGGGCCAGGUGACACCUUUUGCUGUAUUGAAAUUAACCUGGUAGAUGGCUUUAGAU